GUUGAAAUAAGAGAGACUGUCUCCCGCUCAUGCUCAACCAGUCUGCUUCAUCCUCAUCCAACUCUUUGUGAAGCUUGACGGUUGUUUCCUUUUCCUUUCUUUCACUUCCCUCUUGUGUUUUCUGAUAAUACCCCUUCAGUUCUCUUCAUAAGGCCGGCCUUAUUGUGAACCUGUCGCUACCUUGUCUUCUGUUGCAUCAGCUCGAUCUCUGGUAGAUCCAACAUCUUUCCUUUUCACAGCCGCCCCUUCACACAUCAGCCAAGCGCCAAGAUGUUCUUCCGCUCGUUCGCAUUUGCAGCUGCUCUGCUCAGCAUGGCGCAAGCUGUGGAUGUACAGGUCGUCUACGUGGGCCAGAACCCCGCGAACAAUGUGACGGGUCUCAAGUACUGGCCCGAGAACAUCAAAGCAGAGCCCGGGUCCAUGGUCCAGUUCCAGUUCUGGACGGGCAACCACACCAUCACACAGUCUUCCUUUGACAAGCCUUGCACGCCUUGGACGCCGGCUGCGAACGAAUCUACCACCCAGCAGGUAGCCGUCAAGAGCGGCUUCCAGCCUGUGGAUGCGAGCUGGAUGGAUGGAAACAUCCCGACGUACACAGUCAUGAUCAACGACACAAAGCCAUUGUGGUUCUACUGUGGGCAGGGCGCUCAUUGCCAGAGCGGCAUGUCCAUGGUGAUCAACGAGAAAGCGGAGAGCGGCAAGACCCUGGCAAAGUACAAGCAGGCAGCAUCAACUGUCAGCAGCGGCGACGGCGGAUACGGUGGUUCGGGAGGUGGCAACUCCAGCGAUGGAUCCAAUGGGGGCAGCUCAGGAGGCGACUCUGGCAGCGGCUCCGGCUCUGGUUCUGGUUCUGGUUCUGGUUCUGGUUCCGAUUCUGGCUCUGGCUCUGGCAGUGGCUCUGGCGACAGCUCUGGCGAUGGUUCAGGCAGCGGAUCUGGCGACGGCACCGACGGCGGAAACACACCUGGUAACAUUCCCGGCGACGCUGAUCAAGUUGGCAACCCGAGUGCAGCCGCCACGGCAUGGGCAUGGACCACUUCGAUGCUGCUGGUGGUCGGCGCUGCUGCAGCACUGAUCUAGAGAUUACCAGUUUGUACGCCAACCAUAUAAUCAGUUGGGGCGAUCUCCUUGUCAGAUUUGGGAGGAGUUGGAUAAUAAACAGGCC